AUGUCCUUAAAGCUAGGGCAGGUCCCAGCCAUAGUGGUUUCUUCCCCACAAACUGCAGAACUGUUCCUCAAAACCCAUGACAUUGUUUUUGCCAGCAGACCCAGAACCCAAGCCUCAGAAUUUCUUUCUUAUGGCAAUAAAGGUAUGGCCUUUUGUGAGUACAGUGCAUACUGGCGCCACGUGAGGAAAGUGUGCACUGUGCAGCUUCUGAGUGUCUCAAAGGUUGAGAUUUUUGCUCCUCUGAGGAGAGAGGAGUUGAGAGUGUUGGUGAAGUCACUGAAAAAUUCUGCAGAAUUAGGUGAAGUUGUGGAUCUGAGUAAUUUGCUGGGAGAGCUUAUGGAGAACAUAGUGUUCAAAAUGGUGUUGGGGCGUGCCAAAGAUGACAGAUUUGACUUAAAAUUUCUGAUUGAAGAGGUGAUGAACUUGCUUGGAGCUUUCAAUCUUGCAGAUUACAUGCCCUGGCUUGAGGUGUUUGAUUUUCAGACUCUGGAAAGGGGCAGCCAGCAGGACCCUCCGCAGUUCCUCCCUCAGCCUCUACCCUUUUUGGGUCCUCUUAGAUCAAGACUGAAAACUCUGCCACUUUGCCAAUUUCUUGACUCCACCAAGUGA